UAUAAGUCACUUGUACCCACUUCCUUCUUCAACAGUUCAACCCAAAACCCUAGUUUGGCCGCUGCACCUGUUCUUCGAUUUUUAAGGAGAUUCUGAGAAGUGUAGGUGAAAGCUUACAAUGGCUCCUGCAAAGGUGGACAAUACUAAAAAGGCUGAUCCCAAAGCUCAAGCCUUGAAGACAGCCAAGGCUGUGAAAUCAGGUGGACAAGUGUUUAAGAAGAAAGCUAAAAAGAUCAGGACAUCAGUUACAUUUCACAGGCCAAAGACAUUGAAGAAGGAAAGGAGCCCUAAGUAUCCCCGCAUUAGUGCCCCCCCAAGAAACAAGUUGGACCACUAUCAGAUUCUUAAAUAUCCCCUAACUACUGAGUCUGCAAUGAAGAAAAUUGAGGAUAACAACACACUGGUUUUUAUUGUUGACAUCCGUGCUGACAAAAAGAAGAUUAAAGAUUCCGUGAAGAAAAUGUACGACAUUCAGGCCAAAAAAGUGAAUACCUUAAUCAGGCCUGAUGGAACAAAGAAAGCAUAUGUUAGGUUAACUCCAGAUUAUGAUGCCUUGGAUGUAGCCAACAAGAUUGGUAUCAUCUAAGCUGUACUCUUGAUUAGAACAAAGUCAACCCUUCAUUGCUAAAAUAGUUGUUUUACAUGUCCUGAGUUAGGAAUCCUGUGUUAUCCAUGUGUAUUAACUAUUGUGCAUUCAAUUUUGAGAACAUUUUUAAUGAAUCCAGUUUUAUACCUCUAAUAAUUUGUGACUGAUUGCUUGUUUGC